GGAGGUUAUGGAGGUAUUUUCAAUUUCUUGCUAAAAUGUGAUUUCUUUUCACGUUCCUUCGUUGCAAUUUUUCCCUUCUUAAGUUAUGAAAGUCGUGGCGCUAGUGAGCGGUGGGAAGGACAGUUGCUACAACAUGAUGCAAUGUGUUGCUCAUGGCCACGAAAUAGUGGCGUUAGCUAACCUAAAACCGCCGGAAAAUACAGAUGAGAUGGACAGCUACAUGUAUCAAACCGUUGGUCAUGAUGCAAUAGAGCUUUACUCCGAGGCCAUGGACUUGCCCUUAUUUCGACGUACAAUUCAAGGAAGUCCUGUUGAACAGGGCAAAGACUACAUUGUCAAUAAUGAAGAUGAAGUUGAAGACUUGUAUGAGCUGCUAAAAGAGGUUAUGGCUGAAGUCCAUAUCGAGGGUGUUUCAUCUGGUGCAAUAUUAUCUAAUUACCAAAAAGUCAGAGUUGAAAAUGUGUGUUCACGUCUGGGUCUAAUCUCUUUGGCCUAUCUUUGGGAGAGAGAUCAGAAAAAGCUUCUCAAAGAGAUGAUUAAUUCACAAAUUAGUGCCAUUAUCAUUAAAGUUGCCACAAUGGGUUUAGAGCCGAAUAAACAUCUUGGAAAAACCAUAUCUGAAAUGCAUUCUCACCUUCUUAAAAUUAAUGAGAAGUUUGAUUGCAACGUUUGUGGUGAGGGCGGGGAAUAUGAAACAUUUACACUGGACUGCCCAUUAUUUAAGAAAAGAAUUGUGAUCGAUUCACAGGAUGUAGUCAUUCACUCUGAUGAUGCAUUUGCUCCGGUUGGUUAUUUAAAGUUUAAAAUGAUGCACCUGGAAAACAAAACUUAAUUCAGGUUAAAAUGACACUUGAGUGGAUGAUAUUGUUGCCAUAUAUGGUUGCACAUUGUUUGGUCAAGUCUUCUGCCAUGGUUCCCAUGCAAGAAAGGGUGUAAAUGAAAGUUUUGAAAGUGGAAGUGACUCACUCGGUGCACUCAACUAAGUUAGUAAGACAGCCAAGACAGAGUAAAUGGAAAGUAAGUCUUUGUGUGUUAAAAAUAAGUUUUAAGUAAUGAUACUUGUGCAAGGUCGAUGCUCUUCAUGCAGUUAUACCUAUACGAUAAAGAAUAUAACUGGACCAAUCAUGUUUUCAAAACAAGGCUGUUUAACUGGUGUUGCAAAAAUUCGUCGCAUGCGCAUGGGGGCCUGUCAAACCGAAAAACUACAUAGAUUAGGUUCCAAAAUACAAUUCUUUGCGAAAUUAAAUUGGUUACGAUAGCAGUGUUUGAAAUGUUUAAUA